GAAAGCUGUGACUGUUUCAACAUGGGUGGUGGAUCUAUUCAUGAAAAACGUGCCGGUCUUCCUUUGGGAAUCAUCCUGCUCAUGAUCACAGAAUGUCUGUCCCAGGACAAGGGGAAUGUGACUUACAUCCCAAGAAAGUUCUGCUCCUUAUUGGGAUCUUCUGUAACCAUGCGCUGCUCUUACACAAUUCCCAAGGACCACAAACUCAUCAAUUCCUCCUGGUACAAAUUGCCUGUUGUUGGGCCUCCUCUUGAUCUAAGUUUGGACCCUGAGUAUAAAGGCCGUGUGGAGUAUGUUGGGGACAGUUACCAUCUCUGCACGUUGAGAAUCACAGACUUGAGAGAGAGCGAUUCAGGCAUCUACAGCUUCCACUUGAGAACUGAUGUCACUCCUCAGAUGUUGAUGGAGGAUUCAGGUGUCAUAUUAAACGUUACAGGACUUCAUGUUGAUUUGAACCCUGAGCGUGUUGUCAACGGCCAGUGGGCGGUCCUGCACUGCGGCUUGUGCAUCUUGAGUAACAGCCCUACCUACAUAUGGUACAAGGACACAAAACCCUUGAAUGACAUAAAAACCAACAGCUACCUUGAACUAGACCCUGUGGGAAUGGAGGAUUCGGGCAACUACUCGUGUGCUGUCCGUGGUAUCCAGGACUCAGCCGGUCCGCCGGUGAACCUUCAAGUGGAAUGUGGCCCUAAUAGCACCUCGGUGUCGGUCAGUCCUUCUAGUGAAAUUGCUGAGGGAGUUUCAGUGACUCUGACCUGUUACAGUGAUACCAACCCACCAGUGGACAAAUACACCUGGUACAAGAAGAACGACAGCCAGACAGCAUUCUCAGAAAUAGGAUCAGGGCAGAGGUACAUCAUCCUCAGUAUCACCUCUGAGGACAGUGGGCAGUACUUCUGCAAGUUGGAGAAUAAAUACCAACCAUGUGACUCUGCACCUGUGCAUCUCCGUCUAGCAGGAAAAUCAGGGUUUCCCUGGGCUCCUGUUGUGGUUGUAGUGGCUUUGCUGGCUGUUGGAACUCUUCCAGUCAUUAUCUACUAUACUGUAAAUAAAAGAAACACAAGGGUCUCGGGAGAUGCAGAUGUGUUUUCUUGCGGCAAACCACCACGCGUGGGGUCUCCUGAUGACACCUACGCAACUCUAGACAGAAGCAACAUGAGUCCCGAAUAUGACACACUGGCUGGAAAAAACAAACCCAUGCCGCAGCGUCACAUGAUAACCGGACCAUACCGUGGGACCAUAAGCCCCGGGAAAUGAGACCAUCUUCAUGCUGAAAUCUUUUUUCAUAUAUGUACAGUUUUGAG